GUUGGAUUCUCCGCAUUCAUCAGAGUAGAGUAAAUCGCAAGACGAGUAGUGCUCUUCUCUACUCUGGUUAACGGAAAGUGACUGAAUGAAUGAAUGUACCCACUCCAGGUACUGUGGAAAAAGUUAGUCGAUCAUCAUUCGUUCACCAGGAACUGCUCUAAAGUACUAAUUGUUGACGUUCGUGAGCAACUCUCAAGCUCGUUGAGACCCCUAGAAGAGGAUGACAUAUGCUUGUAUUUUCAAGAAAGAUGUGCGGCAACAGUUGAUGCGCAUGUAUAGAGGGGAUGUGAAUACGCGCUAUGCAAUGGCUGCACGUACCUCCAAGAAUUACGGCUUCCGUGGUCCAUCUUCAGAGAAGGCAUCCUGGGAGAGACGUUUUCAAUGGGAAAAGUGCUGUCCUGGGAUGGACUCCCAGAUGCAUAGCGGGAAGGUCUAAAAGAUGGCUGGAAGCAGAAGCAGCGGCACUAACGAGAACACUUGUACGCCUGCAUCUGCGAGUGUCGCCAAGAAUCGGAAUCAACUUAAGAUAAUUUUCAUUUUCCGAAUCCAAGUCGAAUAAAGCCCUUCUCCCGACGUCAUCUAGGGGGAACGUGCUGUUUGCUGUGUCUUCAUUCUUCUCUAAGCUGCAUCUUCCCGGUGCAGACAGCACAAGGUCAAGGGAGGCCGCCUCGAGGACCAGCACGGAAGCUUUAUGGCGCCAUCGCUUGAGAGUGGAGAAGCUGCGGAAUUUUCCAAAGAAGGUCGUCCAGUAUGGUACUAUCCAUUCUUAAAAACAGCCUCCACUCUCGGUGGCACCUUUCAAACAAAGAUUAUCUUCAUGUGAACGAAGCCGCAUUUCGUAACGAGGGUGACGAAGAAGCGGCAAGGACAGGAGGGCAGAGAAGUUAUGGCUCAGCCGUUGUGUUCCAUCCAUUCUACAAAUCUACUCAGGCAUGAUUGAUUGUCCCGCAAGCAUUACUGAACGACUAGUAAUAUUCAUGUUCAUCGGACGAGGACAUCGGACUGAAGAAGUAUAAGUGCAAGAAUUCUUCUUCUGCUCUGAGUCUGAUAACUCAGUAAUCCUAGUACAAGAACCUCCACCUGUGACGAGAAAUAACUCUAAGGCUAAAACAACAAGCAUAGUUCUUCUAGACAGCGGACAUCUCCUGCUGCUGGAGGAGCUUUCUCUGGGCCGACUAAGGACGGUGCAGCGUCCCAGAGUCAUGAUGGUGAUCGCUCGUUCGACUUCGAAAAGUUUGCCGGUAAAAGCGACACCAGAGCCGAC